AUGUUCAGCGACUCUUGGUCUCAAAUCACAGCGACAGAGGACCUUUCACCAAGUGACCCUCCAGCUUUAAGACUUCCCUCAAAAGUGGUAAAAAGCAUAGCCGAAUAUUUAACACAGUCCGACUGUUUCAAUUUCUGUCUGGUAAACAAAGGAUGGUUCCCAGCUGCAAGUGAGGUCCUUUGGUCUGCUCCUUUGCUCAAGACGCCCGAUUCAUUUCACGCGUUCGUACGGGCUAUUAAUGAUUCUAAAAUAUGUGCUCUACGAGUGCGUGUAUUAGACCUAUGUGCUCCGGGUGAAGAAAAGACGUCUGCUUUUGCACCUGUGCUAGAGAGUAUGUGGGGUGUUCAUCUAAGUAUGCGCCGAACGGUGUUGGCUAAACCACAAUGGAUAUUUAGGAUUGUCAGCCAGUGCGAAUAUCUGCAGAGUUUGAAGAUAUACGGAUGGAAUCUUGCCGAUGAACAUAUUGGCGGUUUACUACAAUACGGAUGGCUCAAGGAAUUUCGUGUCAUUGGGAAUGCUUCAUUGACUCAGAGGGCACUCAAUACAUUAAUGAAUUCCGUAACCGAUCUACGUGUGCUGCACCUGGAUGGAAUAUUCAAAUUAUCUGAUAAAUUGGCCGGGGUGAUGGCUAACAAAUGCCCACAUUUGACAUCAUUAAAGCUAUGUACGCAGACUAUGACCUCAACAGGGUUUGACAUUCUUGCUAAUGGAUUCACCCAAUUGAAAGAACUGACCCUACAACAGUGUCCAAAUCUUACUGACGCUAACGUUGCUAGAUUUGUUGAAAAUAGUACUAAAUUACAAUCACUCUUUUUGAGCGGGGAUAGACUGACUAUCGAGUCGUUUAAGAUUAUAAUGUACUCGUUGGAACGAUUACAGCACCUGGACUUGAGAUGCUCACCAAGAUAUCAAGACGCCCCGCAUACUAAACAUCUUCUAACUCCUGUAGCACAUAGACUGCGUACGUUAUUGUUAGAAUGUUUACCGAUAGAUGACGACUUGAUCGACAUCAUAACUGCCACUUGUAAACUAUUGGAGACAUUUGGAUUGUCUGGGUCUUCAUAUGCCACGGAGAAGGGAAUUCAGAGUAUAACUAAGCAUUGCCGAUAUUUACGGGUGGUCGAACUACUGCAUUGUAAAAAGAUAAACGAAAAUUGUCUUGAAUACUUGGCUCAAGGGAAUCGAUCAAUCACUCAUCUUACCAUCGCAUCAUGCGGACAGUUUUCGCACAUGGCAGUACAUUGGUUUGCUUCUCAAUUAUCAACGUCACUAAAAAGACUGUCAUUCACUGACAUGCCAUCUAUUUGUGAUUCAUAUAUUUAUCAUGAAUUUGCCAAGGAACGUCAUCAUAGCCGUACAUCACGCGAAUGUACUAUUGAGGGCGAUGAUCUGGUUAGGUUAGCACACGCACCUCGGCGGAAUCAACCUUCUCGUCAGUCCAGACCAGGGAAUUUGACUGCAUCCGACAUUCAAGCACUGGCGGUCGAAUUAAAAGUAACAGUCGAUGACGUUAACAGAGCGUUUCAAAAGGUUUUGAGUAAUACACCAAGCGAUACACUAUCUGACGAGAACAAUCGUCAAAAACGCACAUCAAACGGGGAUGCAUUCGGCAAAUUCUCACAAAACAAAGACUCAGUAAACAGACAGAAUCGUUGGGAGUUUUCGAUUAAUAACCAAGAGACAAAAAAUGAGACCCCUUAUCGUCCAUCCGCAGAUUACCAAACGGAAUAUCCAUCGGACGGCAGAAGGGAUUCUUAUCGCACUCGUGGAUCGCUUUCGAGCGUAGGCAGCCAGAACGAACAGACUUAUCGAAUACACGACGAGCACGGUAAUAAAUACAACUACAGCUCACGUGAAAUCCCUUCGACGUCAAAACACAACGGUUCAACUUCUUCGACAACUGGGGAACUAUCCGCUCCAUCAUCAAGGCGAGAUUCCAUAUCAUCAAUCAUUAAAAAGACUCAAACUGGAUGGUCAACGAUCAAUGUAAAAUUGUUUAAUUUAUAUGAAACAGCUGCGAUUGAAGAGAACGACAAGAAAUGCGAAUACGUAGACGAAUAUUCAGGUGAAUAUGCAAAAGAUAAAAACACACGUAAGACAGCUAUCCCGUUAUCAUUUAGUUCACCAGCUAUGCCAAAUGAAUCGACAUCAGAUUUUAGUGACUCGUCGGGAACAUACAGUCCCAGGAGUACAGUUAAUAAGCUUAGGUAUCAGGACGAGUAUGAUGAUAUAUCACGUAAGCAACCAUCAUACGAAGAUGCAACACAUAAACAAUCACCAUAUCAUCCACUAAAUCAUCCACUAAAUCAUCCACUAAAUCAACCAUCAUUACCACAAAACCGCCCGCAACAUCACUCAUCUUCAACCUACUCCUCUCAGCCCCCAACACCACGUCAAUCUGCACCCCACGCAUCCGUAUUUCGAUCGUCUCAGCCCACGCAGAGACAACAACCUGCACAUUCAUAUUCAUCACGGUACAACAAUUCAACAGAAUCUUAUCAUCGGGGAGCAGAAUCAUCUGCAUCACUACGGAAAAACUCAGAUACCGACUCAGAUGACGAAUCUAAUAGUGAUGAUGAGAAGCGCAGCGAAAGAGAACAAUCAAGAAGAAAGUAUGCCGAUGUUUUAUGGUAUAAACUUGGGCAGAGAACAGGUUUAAACACGCGCAUUGAAACCAAGCAAAAUGACUCACAUUCGAGCACUCGAGUCGAAUCUCGCAUACUAUCUCAAAAAACUAAUUCCCAGCAACAUUCCUCAUGGGAGAGCAUUGGGAUUUACAAAAUCCGCUCUCAUCAAAAACCCUCAGAUGAACAUGGCAACUCCCUUUACAAGAGAACUCCCGGUAUGGGAAGUCGUGUUGAAAUAUUGGAGGACGACGGGUGGAACAAUGGUGAAUGGGGAGACGAUGAUUUUGCUGACGUUUCUUCUAUCGCUGCGCAAAAGGAGGUUUCAGAAGAAUCGGAUGGGGAAUACGAUAGCCACAGACGAGAAUACAAUAAGAUAGACAAAGGCAAGGCAGUAUUACGUGAUGAACCCGAAUCCACUAGUUAUCGUACUUACAAUAGGGCAAAAGACAAUUUAUUACGUACCCCAUCACCUGAUUUUCAGUUACCAAUCUUAUCUACGCCACUCGUUUCUUCAUCGUAUGCGUCAACUAGUUCCGCGACAAUAAAUCAGAAACCAACACGACCAUCUUCAUCGGCUCGAUCUUCACCAACUCCUCUCGCCAACGGCACUACCGAUACUGCGAACCGACGUCCUUCUACAUCCACUUCUGAGUUUGAAUGGCCUGUACACAAUCCCGCGCCAACUACAUCAAACUCGUCCCCCAUCCAGACCCAACGUCAAAACACAAAAGCCAGUUACAAUGACGAGUGGCCCACCCCCCGAGAAGCAUCGUCAACUUCCCAAAACCAGUCUUCAAAACAAGAUAUAGACUUGGGUGCUUGGGGACACGUACCAGUAGAUCUUGCUUCGGCUUGGGGUACAUCUAAAAAAUGGACAGCCGAUGCAAAACCUUCUCAAUCACCUCCGAAAGAACAGUUCUGGAUUUCGCCAGAUAUUUCAAAGUUGGAGGCUGUCCCAAUGCCAGAACCCAAAGUCCCGCUCUAUUUCAAGCGUAAGAAGGGUGGAGGCUUUUCCUUCGAAUGUGAUGAUACGGAGGGGUGGGGUGCGCCACCGCAAAAAGUUGUUUCUUGGCAAGAUGAGUCGCAAGGUUACUGUCAGGAAUUAAUCGAAGAGCAGAAGCAAACAGAGUUUUGGGAGAACAGAGAUGGAGUGGGUUGGGUGAAACUCACGGAUACUCCACAAAUAGAAUCGCCGGCGCUCGAAAAAAAUUCGGAUGCGAACUCGUCAGACAAAACUAGUGAUGAUGAAAAGCCAACAAAACAUAAGAAAUCGGAUAUUAAGAUAACAAGGACACCUACACGGCAAGACGAUGAAUCUUCCCACACAAUGACGCAGGAUGAUAUUUUGGAAGAUACUCGUAAACAGCGCGAAUUUUCCAGCUCAACUAAAACAACUAUUAUUAACAGCAGUCGCAGCCAAAGCCGUGUUGCCAGAGAUGCGAUACCGAUACUAAGAAGCGAAGACACAGUUAGUAGUGACUCGACAAUUGCAAAUGUCCGAAAAGAUACGUUGGGAGGAAGGAUUGUGCGAUUAGGUAAACCACAAUGGAAAACAGAGGCAGAGUUUAGGAGAACGAAAAUUUUCGAUAGUAUCUCGAAUAUCCAUGAGAAUGGCACGCAAAAAACUGAGAGUUUGUCAGGCACGAAUGAAGAUUUGAAAAAAGAUUCCGUGGAGGAGAAAAGUGAGGAUGUUAACGAAACAACAGAGUCAAACUCUGAUUCACCCAUUAUGACUGAUAUACCGUCUCCAUAUAUUGCUUCCGGUUUCACCGACAAAGACUUGGGGAAACCGUGUGAACAAUAUGAGAUGGUCGACAACGAACAGAGUGAGCUAGAAGAUGAGAGUAGUGUUUUGAAUGGUAGCCAUGUGACUAAGGAUCAGCAAAAACUAGAGGAUAAUGAAAAGGAUAAUGAGACUUUCUCAACUAGUACGUUAGACUCGGAAGCGCAAUCAUUAUCUUCUCAUGGGUCACUCGUUAUUGCCAGCCCAACAACGGACGCGUCCUCUGUAAUUCAAACUACAGUGUCAAUGUCAACUGAAGCUCCGACUAAGCCAUCGAUUGAGAAUAAGGAGAUGUAUGAUGCGAAUCCUAUAAAUGGUGUCAGUAAUAAUGAAAGUGGCGUGAGCGAGAGCGGAAACACUGACAGUCAGGAAAAGAAGGAGGAUAGAGGCAAGGAUAACGAGAAGCAAGCGAGUGAGAAGAUUCUCUCUGUUACUACGGAAAAAUACGGAACACAAACGUUACGUCUGACGCCGGAACAAGAUUUGGAGGAAACGAUAAAGGGAUUCUGUCUUGAAUACGACAUGCAAGGAAACGAACAGCUUCUUAUAGAUCACAUAAAGAGGAAAGUAUUAAGUAAGAAGAAGAAAAAUAAGCGAGACAAGCUGGCAAAUGACACGAAUGUUGCGCAGCCAUCAUUAGAGAAGCUGUUGGCUUGA